AUGGUUGAAAAUAAUUUGAAAUUCUAUCCAAGUAUCAUUAUAACUGAUUUCAUCCUGUUGAUGAUUAUACCAAUAAAUAGCAUCAACAGUAAUGUAAACAAGAAAAUAGUAUCAAGAAAAAUGAUGGAACAAUCGGAAAUAUUAUCAGUGAAUCGUUCAAAACGUUUUUGGACUGAUGCACAACCACUGAAACGACACUAUCCGGAUUUUGAUGAUGAUCAGGCAGAUUGUUAA